AUGUAUCAUUUGGAGAAGAAAGAGCGAGCUUUUCGAAGCAAAAAUGUACCUCAGGAAUUUAAAGGGGAAAUUUUAUUAAACCUCCUCGGAGAAAAAGCUAUAAACAUUUUAGUUUAUAUCAAAGAUGAGGAAAUAAACGAUUAUGAGAAAUUGAAAAGUGCAAUUUUAAAAGAGUAUGAACCGACACCUCUAAUUUGUUUACAAAACUUUCAAAAAGCGCGUCGUAUGUCAAACGAAACUCAUGUACAAUUUGCAUCUCGAUUAUCUACGAGUUUGGAACAAUAUUCUAGAUUAAGAAAUGUACAGGAUUUAAAUACUUUGAAAGAAUUAAUUGUGAGCGAUAAGUUGUAUCAAUCAUUAGAUCAUGAAACCGCGAUGCAUAAAAUGAAAGUUAAAGAAAAUGCUGUCAUUGCAAAAAUCUCCUCCGAACAUUUUUAUCCAUCUGUUGACCUUCACCCUUUGAAGUAUGUAUCAGUGUAUGUGGGAGGGGGGAAGAAAUUGAAAUGUGUAAUAGAUUCUGGAACUCAAAUUUUUGUUUGUAAUUCGAAUUUGAUUCCUGGCGCCGAUGAUGAGGAAUAUGGAAAGAUUGUUUUGAGUUCGGCGUUUGGUGAGCAUGUUGAGGCUAAGUUAAUAAAAACAAUGGUCUCAUUAAAUAGAGAUUCUGCAUUAAAUUAUCCUGUAGAAUGCAUAAUUGCACUGACAGAUAAAUUAAAUGUAGAUGCGUUGAUACCACCGUUUUUGUAUGAGAAACUGAUUUCGUCAGAUUUUGAGAAAUCUUGUGAGGGGGAAAGCAGUGAAAGUCGGUACGAGUUGGAAAAAGAAUCAGCACACGUGUUAUUACAACAAAUUAAUGAAAAGGAUAUUUUGCCAGAGGGGGAAGAGAGCGGUUGCUCAUUGAAUGGCAGUGAGACGAAUAUUUUAAAUGAAGAUUCU